AUGUCCGACUCCCCCCAAUCCAAUUCAAAGGAUGUCGAACAAGGUGCACCGUCACCCGGCGAGGAACCACAAAUGAACGACCCUCAGGACCCACACUCGAGCGGGCUCAACCAGUAUGAGUUCGAAGUCAAGGAACAGGACCGGUGGUUGCCCAUAGCCAAUGUCGCUCGCAUUAUGAAGAAUGCGCUUCCCGAAAAUGCAAAGAUAGCCAAAGAGGCAAAGGAGUGCAUGCAAGAGUGCGUGAGCGAGUUCAUCUCGUUUAUCACCAGCGAAGCUUCGGAAAAAUGCCAGCAAGAAAAGCGCAAGACGGUAAACGGCGAGGACAUCUUGUUCGCAAUGACGUCCCUGGGAUUCGAGAAUUAUGCCGAAGCUCUCAAGAUUUAUCUUUCCAAGUAUAGAGAACAGCAGAAUCAGACAAAUCGUAGCGAGAACCAGCAAAACCGACCCAGCAGCCAAGGCUACGGCGCGCCUCAGGGACAGAACCAACCUGGACAAGGCGGGUUUUCCAGCAACGAUCUCGGUGGCCAGCAAGAAAGUGGCGAUGCUUCAGGCUACAACCUCUAUGGCGCCCAGACUGGACACAACGGUGGCGGUGCUGAAGGGUACUAA